GUAUUAGUCUUUGCUUUGCUUUGUUUUGCUUUUGGUUGUCUUGUUCCAAAAAAAUGUCUGCUUUUUCAUUCAUCUUUCAACUCCUCCUUCUCCAAAUCACACUACUCAAAUCCAAUUCACUUCAAUUCUCCUUCACCGGAUUCAGCCAACCAAACAACCUUAUUCUUGAUUUGUCAGCCAAACCCACUUCAGAUGGAGCUUUACAGCUAACAGACAACAAACCAGCAAGUAUUGGCCAUGUUUUUUAUCCACAACCCUUCAAGCUUUUCACAAACACCACCAAUUCCAUCAACAUCACUUCCUUCACCACUUAUUUUGUCUUCCAAAUUGUAACUUCACCGGAGAAGACACCAGGACAUGGUCUGGCCUUCGUCCUAUCUCCUUCAAACAAAAUCAUGGGUGCUGAAGAUGGCCACUUUCUGGGAAUCUUAAAUAAUACCUCUAAUGGGUUGUCUUCAAAUAGAAUUCUAGCAGUUGACUUUGAUACAAUAUCCGGGUUCAAUAAGACUGUAAACUUCGAUACCAAUCAUGUAGGAAUCAACAUCAACAGCAUGGAAUCUGAAGAAAGAGAGAGCGUGGGUUAUCAUCCUAGUAUGAAUGAUAAUCGGUUGGAGUUUUUUAAAUUGGUGGAUGGAAAUCCAAUUCAGGCAUGGAUUGAAUACAAUGGAGAUACAAAACGCUUGAAUGUUACUGUUGCACCCAUGAAUCAAACCAAACCAAUUGCCCCCUUGAUUUCUCAUCCGACUGAUCUUUCUCUUUAUCUUACAGAGGAAAUGUAUAUUGGAUUCUCAUCUGCAACAGGCAAAAAGGAAAUAAGUAUUCAUUACAUUUUGGGAUGGAAUUUCAGCAGUAAUGGAUCAGGUAAUCUUGACCUCGAUCUUCAAAAGCUACCAGUUCAACCGAAAUUGAAGAAAAGUAAUUCCUACAGUCCUGUGGUUGAAGCCCUGAUUGCGGUUUUAUCAAUUAUUGCGCUUCUCUUCAUUGGGUCUUUGGUUUUGAUUGUGGUUUACAGAAGGAAGAUGAGGUUUGAAAGAUUGGAAGAUUGGGAAAUGGACAGCCCACAUAGGUUUAACUACAAUGAUCUUUAUUAUGCGACAAAAGGGUUUAAGGAAUCCCAAUUGCUCGGAUUUGGAGGAUCUGGGUCUGUCUAUAAGGGUAUCCUCCCCACAACCAGGUCUGAAGUUGCGGUCAAGAAGAUAUCAGACCGUUCGAACCAGGGGAUGAGGGAAUUCUCAGCUGAAAUCGAGUGUUUGGGGAGAUUAAGGCAUCGAAAUCUAGUGAAUCUUCAAGGAUGGUGCAAGAAGAAAAACGAUCUUCUUCUAAUCUAUGAUUACAUACCCAACGGGAGUCUUCAUUCUCUGCUUUUCAAACCGAAGAACGGGUUCUUCUUGACGUGGGAACAGAGAAUGAACAUUGUAAACGGCACAGCAGCCGGUCUUUUGUAUCUCCACGAGGAAUGGGAACAGGUGGUGAUUCAUCGCGACGUGAAAUUGAGCAAUAUACUAGUGGACGCGGAUAUGAAUGCGCGAUUGGGAGAUUUCGGAUUGGCGAGGUUAUACGAUCACAGCGAGGAUUCUCACAACACGAAUAUUGUUGGUACUAUAGGUUACAUCGCGCCGGAAUUAGCUCAAUUGGGAAUAUCUUCAACGUGUUCGGACGUAUUCGCGUUUGGGAUUGUACUAUUGGAAAUCGCUACCGGGAAGGGACCCAAUGUUCAUGUUGAAGAUGGUCGUGGGAAUAUACCGCUUGUUGAUUGGGUUGAGGAGGGAUUAGAGAAUGGGGGAUUAUUUGAAAUUGUUGAUUCUCGAUUGGGUUCUGAUUUUGUAGAGAAUGAAAUUGAAUUGGUGUUGAGAAUUGGAUUGCUCUGUUCUUGUCCUAAGGCAGAAGGAAGGCCUAGUAUGAGACAAGUGAAGCGAUAUCUUGACGGGGAUGAUCCAAUUCCAGACCGCGGCCGAAGCCGAAUUGUCGAGGAGAUUAAGGUUGUUGAGGGUGGUUCGCAGCGGUUGAACGAUGUGUCGAUUGAAGUCACGGCGGAUUCAAAUUCGUAUUCGACGGUUGAGAUGAAGGUUGUUACUUCGAGUUCGUUCGCGGGAAGAUAAAAAAAAACUCUUAUUUUGACUGAAGUAGAUAGUCAAAAAAUUUAACAUUCUUAUAUAAACAGAAAUAUAUAGUUGUUUUUUAUAGUUUAAUUGAUUAAUGUUUGUAUAAUUAUAUAUAGAUUGACA